AUGAACAAAAAAAUUGAAGCAUGCUUGUUUGAUAUGGAUGGUUUGCUGAUAAAUACCGAGGAUAUAUAUACCGAGGUAUCCAAUGAAAUUUUAUCAAAAACAAAUAAAGGACCAAUGACCUGGGAUUUUAAAAUUCAGUUGCAAGGACUGCCUGGUGACCAAGCAGCUGCAAAAAUGAUAAAACAUUAUGAUUUACCUUAUACUCUACAGGAAUUUGAAAAAUUAAACGUAGAAAGCCAAAAAGGCAAAUGGACUCAAGCUCAAUUUUUACCUGGUGUCAAAGAAUUGCUACUAUAUUUGAAAAAAGAUAAAAAAAUGCCAAUAGCAUUAUGUACAUCAUCCAAUGUCAGUAGAUUUGAGGGUAAAACCAGUCAUUUAAAGGAAAUUUUCAAUUUGUUUGACGUCGUUAUUACUGGCGAUGAUAAAAGAAUUCCAAAGGGCAGAGGCAAGCCAUACCCAGACAUUUGGAAAGUUGGAUUGAAUCAAUUAAAUCAAUUGUACAACAAGACUAUAACUCCUGAUCAUUGUCUGGUUUUCGAAGAUGGUGUUUUGGGCUGUCAAUCUGGUAUUAGAUUUGGUGCAUAUGUUAUUUGGGUCCCUCAUCUCAAGGCCUAUGAACAUUUGCCACCUCCCAGUGAAGUUUUAGGUGAGCAAGGGGAAGUUUUAAAAGAUUUGACCGAGUUCAACCCAAAUAAGUUUAAUCUGGGAUGA